CCGGCCGAGAGGUUUGGCAUCCCAUUCGGCCGGCGUUCACUUCACAUCCAUCGAUUCGGCCGUGUGAGUGCUUUUUAUCAUGCUCUUUUCUGUAUGAUGCGAACGUAGUAGUACGUGAAUGGAGGCAUAGGGUACGUCCGCGUGAGCAUCAGAUGUUGAUCUCCAAUUUCAAAAGAGAAAAAAAGUGCCAACUGUUUGACACUUGAAAAGGCAACAAUCAAAGCCUGUAACUGUAAGUGCACUGAAGCAGCUAAGCUACCACUGUUACCGUUAUUAUCACGGCCAGCUGUCUUUGGGCACUGUGACAGCCUGCACGAACGACCGGCCGUUGCCAUCGGCCUCCUCCCUCCCGUCCCAACGGCUCCCGAGCUUUGCUUGCUUUCUCUUGUCCUUUACGCCGUCGCCUCUCUGUACCUAUCUGUCUUUUUUCCAGUCUUCCUAUUUAGUCCCGCACACAUCCGCCUUCCUUCUCCACCCAGCCAGCCAUUGCCAAUCCUUGCCUCCUCACUCCCUCACUACUCACGCACACAAGACAUCUCUUCUUUCCACGUCUCCGGCUCCUAUCAAUCAGCUCAACCACACUACCAUGGAGUCCUCGUUGCCACCGUCGCUGCGCCACAAGCUGCAGACCACCGUCUGCGGCUGCUUCGGCUCACCGUCGUCGCUGAGCAGCGACGCGGAGAGGCCACACACUGGCGGCGGCAGGACCAGGUGGAGGCGACGCGUGGCGGCCGCGGGGGAGUUCCGGUACGACCCGCUCAGCUACGCGCUCAACUUCGACGACGGCGCCACCGACAACGGUGACGUCGACGUGGAGGAUGAGGCCUUCCGGUACAGAAACUUCAGCUCGCGUCUGCCUUCAUCGCCGCUGCCGGCCUCCCGAGCCGUCGCCAUCGCCUGAAUAGCAAUCAAUUUUAAUGUUCCAUCGGUUCUCAAUGCAAGGCAGCCGAUACAUGUAUGUACGCACUGAAGAAUUCGUUUGGUCGGGAAUCAUCUGCCGAUAGUCAAAAAUAUCUUUUUUUUACUUGGGAACAAUAAAAAAUAUCGAGCCUUUUUUUUAA